GGCUGGUCUUGGGCCAUGGACCGGUACCUUCUCUUCAUGAGCUGGCGGGGACGGCGAGGCGAGGCGGGAUCCGGAGGCGUCCCAGAUUUGACGGCGGAAAGUAUUUAUAAGUUGCUGGAAGCAAACUGCACUGCCUGUCUAAACACAAAACAUCAUGACUUUCCAGCUUGUUCACUUCUUGGAAUUCCAGAUGUGAAGGAAUGGUAUUUUGCAAUUCAGUCAAUAUGUGGAUUUUCUCAGUUCUGUAGUUCUGACUGGGAGAAUGUCCAAUUUGAUCUACAAACAGACCAAAGCAAAAAUUCUAUUCAAAGAGAAAUUGAAGAAUGCCUUGGCGAUGUCCAAAGUUUAGAGGAAGAUAAUAAUAGCCGGGAAUCCCUAUCACUCAUUGAUCUCUAUGAAGACGCUGCAGAAAAUAUCCAUCUAUUGGCAGAUAAGCUUCCUGCUCCUGGAAAAGCAAUGAUUGAUAUAAUAUUGCAGUCUUCAGAAAGAGAUGCCCCCUGUUUAAAAGAUUGUUUACCUGUCAUUGGGGCCUUGAAACACUUGAGAGAGUGGCAUGCAGCAAAAAUCACAAUUGUAGCAAAGGAAAGUAAAACUUGGCAAAAAAUCGCGGACUAUCUCUCUGCUGAUGUUGUGGUGCCAGAAAACCUAUCAAGUAUCAUUGAUUCAAGAGAAUUGUGGAGAGGAAAAAUUCAGAUAUGGGAGCAUAAGUUUCGGUCUGAAAUUACUUUCCCAGACUUCUGUAUAAAAGGGAUUGCAUCAGAAAAGCCACCCAGUGCCACGUAUUUUAAUACUUUCUGUGCUGCCAAUGAAACUGAACAGACAAAGAGUUUUAAUGAUCAUUUGCGAGAGGUUUUCCAUUAUUAUGGCCCUGCAUUAAAAUUUGUCAGGAUGGUGCUGCUGUCUCAGUUGCCUUCAUUUUUAGUUUCAUAUCUUCAAUUUGAACUAAGUUUGGCAGGAAAUGAUGUUGAGGAGAAGUGUACAUUAUUUUGGGAUCAGAUUUCUUCAUUGCAUGGAAAGGUAGGGGCUUUAUUUGUAUUGCCUUGCAGUGUGAGUGCCAUGUCGAUCCCUUUGCCAAGCCAGUUGAGUGUGAAGAAAUGGAAGGAAUAUAUAGCUCAGAAACCCAAAAUCAUUAAUGUUCCAGAAGUUGAAUUGAAAGGAGAAACUUGCAACUAUUAUUUCUUAGUACAAGGCAAUGACUGUGGAGGAUGUAAAGCAACAUUGAUCUAUUCUGCCAGUCAGAUCAACGGCUCAAUAACUUUUGCAGAAACUAUUGGAAAACUUACCACAAAUACAGGAGAAGCAGGAGCAGAUUUGUUUGAAGAAUGCAUCAGAUCUCUCCCACAUUUCCACGGAGAACAGAUUUUACAAAGGGAGAAGAAACUGGCUUGCGUCCAAGCAUUGGCUUUGAAUCAUUGCCUGAAAAGGCAGGACUGUAUGAGACAACAGCUGGAGCCUUUAGCUGAUGAACUGAAAAGUCUGCUAACGAAUAACAGAGAAUGUUUCCUAGAGUUGUGGAGUGCUAGCCAUCCAAAUAACAUCUGUCUAGUAGCAACUGCUGAAACAAAAGGCCAAGACAUCAUUUAUGAUUUGGAGCUAAAAGACUCAAAUUCAUUGCAGUGGCCAGAGAGAAGUGUCCUUCAGAAUUUAGAACAUUUUGAAAAAAUUAAACAAAAAACAAGAGUUUCUGAACAACUUAUGGGCCGGAAAGAUAGCCAAAAGGGCUCAAUGGCAUUGCUUGAUGCUAAGGAGCUGUUGAAGUAUUUCACCCCAGAAGGGCUACCUGUUGGGGAUCUGCAGCCUUUACACAUCCAAAAAAGUGACAAUGCUUUUCGUCUGACACCAAAACUGACGCCUCGAAAACUGAGAAGUUUGCCUUUUGAAAAAGCUGCCGACUGCCAUUACCAUGGCCUUGAAUACUGCCUAGAUAACAGAAGAGCUCUGGAAAAGGAUAUGGAAUUUGCUGAACUCCAGACCCGGCUUAUCCGUUACGAAACUCAGACGACCUGUGCCAAGGAGAGCUGCCCCGUGCCGUUUGCCUUGAGCCCUCUGCCAUCUCCUGGGGUUUUGUCAGAGCCUGGAAGCAUCCCAGAUGGGGAAGCCUUGCCAAGAGAACUCCACUCACAGGCUUCCAGGCUAAAACGCAGACCCAAAGACCUGACUAGCAUUCAUCCAAAAAAGCGGUUAGUGAAAUCUGAAAGUACAGACUCUCUCUUGUCCCAGGCCAGUGUAAGCAGCGGGAGUUGCCCAGGAAUGGCCACAAGAUCAUGUCUGGAGACAUCGGUCUCUCUGUCUUCUGUAACUGUUAGACAUCAUCAGGUGUGCAAUGUAACCACCAAGAGCAGCUCAGGAAGCCAGAAGUGUGCUAAAAGGGCAGAAGUAUUGAAGGCCACCAAAGAAUCAAGAUCUCAGAAGCAUACACGGAUGCUGAAGGAAGUGGUGACAAAAACACUUGAGCGUCACGGCAUCGUUGAAGACCACAAGUGCUUUGCCGCCUGUAGCCAACGUCUGUUCGAGAUAUCCAAAUGCUAUUUGAAGGAUUUGAAAACAUCUAGAGGUCUUUUUGAUGAAAUGAAGAAAGCUGCUAACAGCAAUGUUAAACAGGUGAUUGAAUGGGUUUUAGAAAAGAACAAGGACACGUGACGUGUGCCGGAGAACUUGACGUUCUGUGGAGCCUUCUUUGAGUAAGCUCAGUACAUUAAAUGGACGGCUUGGAGUGCCUAAUUAGUAACAAUGCAAGUGCCUACAAUCAACGUGUAGCAAAAUCUGCAUUAUUACUUUUAAGUGAGAGAGUUUUUGUAUAUAGAAUAUUUAUUAUGUCCUAUUGUAUAAAAAUAAAUUUUCUUUGUGUAUGUAUGGUUUGUACAGUUAUUUAGACUGAUUUAAAAGAAUCUCAAGUCUGUAUGGGUUAAGAUACUAAACCAUUAAAGUUUUACAAGAUGGGAAAAUGUUCUUAUACAUUGUAAGAAAUUCCUGCCAGGACCCGUCACUUUUAUUGAAUAACCUUAAAUCUGGAAUAAAUUGAAAGGUCAUGAAAAGAAACACCCUUCCUUUAAAAGUUACAACCAACCUCUUAUUCACAGAUCAGUCCCCAUGAUCCACACUGAGGAAUGGUACAGCACAGGAAAAAUACACUACAGU